AUGACUUCUGACGAUCCCCUCGAUACCGAGCUUGAGUCGUUCAGAAAGCAAUGGCUCUCCGAUCUUCAAUCCCAGCGGAGACCUCCAUCUCCCAUCCAUCACCGCCGUCAGAGCCGCGGGCGACAGCAUGACGCCUCACAGCAAUCGUUUGCUUCUUCUUCCACGCGGCCUGGACUUUCUCGAAACGCCAACGGACCGCCUAGUCCCACGGCCGCCCGCCGGGCUCUCAUCCUGGAUGAGGGCACUGACUAUCUAGGCGGCCGUUCAUUCGACGAACCCGCGCCGCCGCUCACCAUUCCCUCCGAGACCAGGACCCUUGACGCCUCAGAGAAUUCCAAGGAAAAGAAGCUCGUGUCAGCUCUUGAUUAUUACGAAGAGGCAAUGGAGAAGGAAUCUCAGGGCAACAUGGGCGACAGCCUGCAAUUAUAUCGAAAAGCUUACAAAAUGGAUCACGGUGUAGAGCGCCGAUAUCGUGAGAAGCAUUUUCCAGCAGCAGCAUCAAAAGCGCCAGCAGUCCAAGCCCAAGUAACAGCCCCAACACCUGCCUCUUCAGCUGACCCUGAGCCCGUUCCGCUCAAGACCUUUUCCGAGCUGCUCUCCAGUUUUGCCGCUCUCCAGAUUGACCCGGCCGUCCCCGACGUCGAGGGCGAGCCCGCGCUCCCCUGUCCCAUUGCCAAUCUCCCCGACGAGCUGCUCACGCACAUCCUGCACGACGUGGCCGUGGCCGACAUCGCUGAGUACGUGCGCCUCUCGCUCGUCUGCAAACGGCUGGCCUACCUCGUUGCCAGCGAGCAGCGAAUCUGGCGGCGCGUUUGCAUCGGCCCCGAAUUUGGCUUUGCCGGGAUGCACUACCGCUGGAACACGGGCAUCGAAUGGGGUCCCCUCUCGUCGUCCGACUUUGAAGACGGCGACGACGAGCAGGACGAGGGGGACGAGGGCAGCACCGCCAUCGUCUCCGACUUUGAUGCUGAGCGACGGCUGCUCUCGCCCCGCGAGCGCGCGCAGCGCCGCCAAGACCGCGAAUACGCCAUGACGCUGUCCCUCACGCCUUCCGUGUACCCCACGUGGAAGAAGAUGUUCCGCAACCGCCCGCGCAUCCGCUUUGACGGGUGCUACAUCUCCACCGUCAACUACGUGCGCUCCGGACAGGCCUCGACCAACCAGCUGACCUGGGGCGGCGCCCCCAUCCUCCUCGUCACCUAUUACCGCUACCUGCGCUUCUUCCGCGACGGCAGCCUCAUUAGCCUGCUCGCCUCGGACCCGCCAGCCGACGUCGUUCACUAUAUGACGCGCGACGCCGUGCGGCUGCACCGCGACGCCGCCUCCCAGCACCACCACCUCCCCGGCGCCGUCAUGCGCCUCGCCCACCGCGGCCGCUGGAAGCUCUCCCCGCCCGGUCACGGUGCUGUAGUUGGCGCCGGCGGCGGGGGUCGCGGCCGCGGUGCGGCGCCUAGCGGAGACGACGAGCUCGCCGUCGAGACCGAGGGCGUCGGCUCAAAGUACGUCUUCAAGAUGGACCUCCAAGUGCGCAGCGCGGGCAAGUCGACGGCGUCCCGCAACAACAAGCUCGUGCUAUACGGCUUCUACAGCUACAACAAGCUGACAGAGGACUGGGCCGAGUUUGUGCUCAAGAAUAACAAGCCUUUCUUCUUUAGUCGGGUGCGCAGCUACGGACUGGGUGAUUAG